GGCCCCGGGGAGGGGGGAGUCUGAUGCUACUUGGGAGCUUGUGCAGGGCAGAGCCAACAUCCGCCCGAGCUGCGAGAGGCCCGUGACCUUCACCCCACCAACCACACGGCUUCAGCCCUGCAUCUCAGCUUCCUGUGCAAUCGCCCAGCCCAGCCCUGCCCCCCGGCGCCCGUCCGCCCCGUCAUUGCCUCCUCUUGGCGCGGAUGGAGGACGAGGAGGGCUACACGGCCUUGAACCUGCGGCCCAAGCGGAGCGACAUGGGUGACUCAGCCCCAGCCGGGAACCCAGGUCCCCGUCGGAGCCCGGGCUGGCCCCAGAUCGCUCUGGGGGCCGGGAAUCUCCUCCUGGCCGUGGCGGUGCUAAUGCUGGCGCUGUGCGUUUUCCACUUGGUGCCCGAGAAGGGCUGGACCCCAGAAACCCCUGGGAGCGGCGGAGCUGGGAGCAGAGAUGCAGCGACACCCCCUGGGAACGAGGACCCCAGCCCAGCAGCCUACAGCGCCCACCUGGAGCGUGUCCGAUCCCAGCUCUGCCCCCCGGCCCAGCCCAGCCCAGCAGGGGGCGCCGGGUGCAAACUCUGCCCCACGGACUGGCGGCUGCGCGGGGACAAGUGCUACUGGGUCGGCACGGGAAUCAAACCCUGGGACGAGAGCCGCAGCGACUGCGCCGCGAGGGGCUCCCAGCUGCUGGUGAUCCGGGACCAGGAGGAGCUGGCGGCCCUCCAGAACCUGACCCAAGCUUCCAAGCUGAUGUGGGUGGGGCUGUCCCUCCUCCCCCCAAGGAAGCCCUGGGCCUGGCUGGACGGCUCCCGGCUGGACCCCACCCUGCUCCCGGUGUCCGGCCCGGCCGAGGGGAGCAGCUGUGGGGCGGUGAAGGGGACUCGGCUUCACUCUGACACCUGCAGCUCCGUAUUCCAGUGGAUUUGCCAGCGCGACGCCAUCCCGCUCUGAGCAAGGCAGCUCUGGCCCCGCAAUAAUGGGACGGGGCCGUUCGUCAGCAGAGCAGUUGCUUUAAAUCUGGCAUUUCCACUCCUCGGAUCUCCCAUGGUGCCGGUGCUCCAGAUCGGUGGCUUGUGUGUAACAAGAUGGAGUCAAUGACCUUUGACCCCAGAACUCCAUCUUGGCCUUUGCUCCUCCUGCCCUGUCGGCCUGCCCUUGGGACAUUCAGUGACUGUUUGGGAGUUGGAUCAUCCCCCAGUGGCCAGAGGUCCCUUUACCUCCCACUCCCGCCAAGGGAACAUUCAAAAGUCGUGACCGAUAUCAGCCGGCUGCCGUCUACCCCUAGCUGCCACACAGAGUUGUCUAUCAGCACCUGCCAGAGAGGGAGAGACAAGUUGCUUCUAUGUAGUCACCAUCACUAAUCACCUGUCACCAAUGUUCCCUCUAGUCUUUUUUUGCUCACGUGUGGAAUAAAUUUUAUUAU